UAAAUAUGCAACAUGUGUUCUCAAAGUUCUUACUUAGAUUUCAGUCUUUGCUAGACUUCAUAUAUGCAUUAUUAACACUCAGUAUAUUAUAUCAGUAUACAGUAUAUACCAGCACAGUAUUUGCGUCAUUUUCCAUUCAGCUCAGUACUCAAGCCUAUUAGUUAUUUUUAGUAGUUUUCAUUACAUAACUAAUCAUUAUGGAUAUAAAACAUUUAUCUUCCUGGUACUGAGCCAAAAAAGACAUUAAAUUACAUACGAUUAAAAUACCUAUUAAUUGUAUAUAUAAUUUAACUUUAUAUGUAUUAUAUUUUAUAUAUCUAUUAUAUUUAUACUGUAUAUAUUAUAUAUUGAUGUAGUCUACUUUUUACUAUAACAUAUUAUAAAUCACUAAUAUAAUAAAAACACGCACACACACACACACAUAUACACUAUAUGGACAAAAGUAUUGGGACACCCCUCUUAAUCAUUGAAUUCAGGUGUUUCAUUCAGUCCCAUUGCCACAGGUAUAUAAAAUCAAGCACCUAGCCAUGCAGUCUGCCUUUACAAACAUUUGUGAAAGAAUGGGUCGUUCUAAAGGGCUCACUGAAUUCGAGCGUGGUACUGUAAUAGGAUGCCACCGUUGCAACAAGUCAGUUAGUGAAAUUUCUUCCCUCCUAGAUAUUCCAUGAUCAACUGUAAGUGAUAUUAUUGCAAAGUGGAAGCGUUUAGGAACCACAGCAACUCAGCCACGAAGUGGCAGACCAUGUAAAGUUACAGAGCGGGGUCGCCGAGUGCUGAGGCGCAUAGUGCAUAAAAGUCGCCAACGCUCUGCUGACUCAGUAACUGCAGAGUUCCAAACCUCCUCUGGCAUUAACAUCAGCACAAAAACUGUGCACCGGGAGCUUCAUGGCAUGGGUUUCCAUGGUCGAGCAGCUGUAUGCAAGCCUUACAUCACCAAGCACAAUACCAAGCGUCAGAUGGAGUGGUGUAAAGCACGCUGCCACUGGACUCUGGAGCAGUGGAAAUGUGUACUGUGGAGUGGCGAAUCAUGCUUCUCUAUCUGGCAGUCUGAUGGACGAGUCUGGGUUUGGCGAAUGCCAGGAGAACGUUUCCUGCCUGACUGCAUUGUGCCAACUGUAAAGUUUGGUGGAGGAGGGAUAAUGUUAUGGGGUUGUUUUUCUGGGGUUGGCCUACGCCCCUUAAACAUUAAACUGAGUGUUUUUCAGUAUUAUGGCAUUAUAUUUACUUUCAUUUUCAAAUAUUGUGUUUAAUUUAUAUUAACAUGUUUUUGGGGCAACUUGUCACUCAACAAAUAUUAUAAAAAUUAGAGCAAUAACUUUGCACUGAAAUACCUCAUAUUUCAUAGCAAUAUUGUUUUUACUCUGAAGUGUCAUAUGAAAACAAAUCCACUAAGUCUCCAUGUCCCCUACCGAGGACUUUAAAGAAAAUAAUAUCUUUACAUUUUUUCUGAGAUGUUUAUUCACAAGAAGCAAUUUGAAAAUCAGUCAAAUACAAAUUACAAUUACAAAAUAAUAUACCUACUGCUUCUCCUUCAAAAAAAUGUACUUUAUUUUGGAAAGGUUUCAUGACCAAACCCUAAGAUACAGUAUAAAAUAAAACUGUCACAUGUACUGUAUGUUCACAGUGAAAUUCACAAAAAGCUAAUUAAUUGCUGGGUUCCCGAAAGUUACAUUUGAUUCUAUGUGGAUACAUGUGUAUUUCUGUGUGUCUGUAAUUGCACAGCAAUGAAUGUUAACAUGUUUAAAAGGCUGGGAUUCUAAUGGUGAACCCUUAUCACAUCCUUAUCAGUAAAUAAAGGAGUUGAGUUUGUAACCAGGCUACCAAUGGAUCAUGAUUAUUGGUGUGCAGUAGGACCCAGGGGAUGACUGCCGCUCUGGAGGACAGUGGAGUAUGUGUCUCUUUGAAAAAGGAAGAAAAUAAUCACAAUGAUACAAUGUGUGACAGUCACAGCCCUCCACAGCACCGGACACAGGGUGAGAAAGCAUCCUGAUGGACACCGACCUAAGUGGUGUAAAUACUGAUUAACACUGCUGAAAACUGGGAGAGCAGGUGGGACCAUAUCCAUUUUUCACCUGGAUUUUUUCAGAUGGAAAAGGAACACCUGUAUGAACUUUGCUCAUUGGAGCCAGUGAUGAUCUUUUCUGUAUAACACUUGCAAGGCAUCAUGAUCUCAUUUGGUUGGUCUUCAUUCAAGUCACCUGAGAUGCUGAAUGAGAUGGGAUUUCAUGUCACUUUCUGAUGUGAAAAUACCAGAAUACUGUACUUGCUUAAAUGUCUGCAGGUGUAGCAAAAGCCUUAAAGGGAAAAGUUUCCAUGUUUGUGAAACAUGUUCAUAUGUUCUAAUCCCAAAUCUGAUUGGAGAAUCAUCAGAAAAAGUGAAGAAGUUCCAGUGGUUGACAGACAUGAUUUCCUAACAAACCAGGAGAAAAAACGAAAAGAGAACAACAUUUAAACAUGGAGAAGCCUGAGUCUAUCUCUAAACUGUGAAGUAUGGAGAGAGCCAUACCAGGUCUGAUGCUCGGUCUCCUGACCAAUCACACGACUUCAAAUGACAUGUCCGACCAGCGGAGUACAACCAAGCCUACCCCUCCCAGUUUGGAGGAGGUCAUCCACUCGGAAUCCCAGAUUAAGGAUCUUGUUGGGCUAUUUUGCAUGGUAACCCUUAACCUUGCAGCCCUAUUGGGCAACAGUGGAGUUAUGGUGGCCAUAGCCCGAGCCCCUCAUAUGAAGAAAUAUGUAUUUGUGUGUCAUCUUUGUGCAGUUGACUUGCUUUGUGCUAUAUUGUUGAUGCCUCUUGGGAUAGUGUCAAGUUCACCAUUUUUCAGCACUGUGGCAUUCACAGUUCUAGAGUGCCAGGUCUACAUCUUUCUAAAUGUGUUCCUCAUAUGUGCCUCUAUUCUUACUGUGACUGCAAUUAGUAUAGAGCGCUACUACUACAUUGUUCACCCUAUGCGCUAUGAGGUAAAGAUGACUUUAAACCUUGCACUUGGUGUUAUGGUCUUUAUUUGGGUGAAAUCUGUUUUGAUGGCUUUGGUUACGCUUCUUGGUUGGCCAUCAUAUGGGAACCAGAGCUCCAUUGCAGCAGCCCAUUGCUCUUUACACUGGAGCCACAGUCGCCUCAGAAAUGUUUUUGCUAUUCUCUUCAGUGUGCUCUGUUUCUUGGUUCCUGCCGUUGUGAUCUUCACUGUAUAUUGCAAUGUGUACAAAGUUGCACGAACAGCUGCCCGUCAGCACGUCCCGAUGCCAAACUGGACAGCCAACCAAGCCAAGCGUCGCUCAGAUUCUAUCAACAGUCAGACCACUAUGAUAACCACCACCCGAAGCCUUCCCCAUAGAUUGUCUCCAGAGAGGGUCUUUGGGGGUAGAAAGGCUGCUAUCACCCUGGUUAUCAUUGUGGGACAGUUUCUCAUAUGCUGGCUUCCAUACUUCAGUUUCCACCUUUACAUGUCUAUCACCACCCCACUUCAGAGCCCAGGAGACAUUGAAGAGGCUGUUACUUGGCUAGCGUACUCCUCCUUUGCAGUGAAUCCGUUCUUUUAUGGUCUUCUGAACAGACAGAUCCGAGAGGAACUCAUAAAACUAAGAAAAUGUUGUGCCAGUAGACCUGUAGAACUUCGAGCCUCCAGUCAUGAAGGUUCCAUCCAGGAGAACUUCCUGCAGUUCCUGCAGAGGACCAGCAGCACAGCUGAGAUCACCAGACAUUGUUGUAGCAAUUCCAGCCCAAAGAACACUGUGGACCAGGGUGCCAGGUUACCUGGCCAGAUCCCUGAGGAAUAAACAUGAGUUUGAAGUUUUGUGUUUUAAAAGAAGACCAUUAUGUGCAUGAAUCUAAUUACAAAUUGAAACAUAAAAUUCAUGAAAUGUUAAGACUUAUGAAAAUUCAUUAGCAUUCUGCCCAAUGCAAAGCCAGUAGAAAGAAUCAUGCAAUAGAGAGCAACCGUGCCCACCAACAUUUUCAGCCAACUUGGUUCCGGAAGUAUUUUUCCCAUUGAUUUCUUCCAUAGGAAUUCAAAGAAUGCUUCAUAAAAGAGUUCUAAGCCAUGAACCAAAACAACCAGCUCUGAUGUGAAUUAAACCAUUACAAUCUUUGAUAGGGCUGUCCUUAAAGUUUUAUUAGUUAUCGUAAAAAAUGUAUUCAGCUAUGGAAAAAAAAUGUUUUAUAGGAUUUUUUUCUUCCAGAACCAACAAAACAAAAGCAAAAAAUCAGAUCUAACUGCUCUUUGGACCAGUGUCCCCUUUUGUAAUCUAUGUACUCAUAAUUUGUUGUUAUGGUGCAUGGAUCAGUGACAACAGCAAAUAUUCAAGAUAAGGUUAAAUAUCUUAUCAAUAUUUUCACCUUUCGUUAUAUAUUCAUUUAUUGCCACCUGAUAAAACAUUGCGUUAAUCCAUAAUUGCUUUCAGCGAUUACUCAUGUCAUAAUCAUGACCACUCAUGCAGUAUUCAGUAAUUGCUACUAUUGAAGUCUUGGCUGAUAAUGGUGCAUGUAGCCAAUAUUUUGAUAUUAUGACACAAAUAUUCAUUAAUAAUAGUAUUGCUGAAUGUACAA